GCGAACUGUUAUCUCUAUAAUACUCGUACUUCUACACGCACAACCUCACAACCGGAACAGAAAGAAAUAAAGAAAUAAAAAAUAAAUAAGGGAAAAAACCAAAAUGGGCGGCGUGGCAUCCUGUAUCAGAUCCGUUUUUCGUGCGAUCGGGAAUACGUGCAUGGCCAUCGUGAAUGGUAUUGCCGGUAUCUUGAAGGCUAUCAUUAACGGCGUUGCAAGUGUUUUCGAUAUUCUUAUAUCUUGCUUGACUUGCCGACGUUCCGGGGGGUUCGGGAGGAGGAGGAUGAGGAGUCAUCAUAGGACUUAUGUUGCGUAGUCUAAUUCGAAUGAAGGGAAGAAGAGGUGGGAGUGAGGGUUGUGAUGAAUGAUUCCUUUCCUUUUGCUCUACAUUCUUUUUUAUAUUUUUGUUUUUGUGCUUCUGGAGUUGGGAUUGUGGGUUGGUUGACGUUGAUACCUCGUGUUUCUUUCUCAAUCUAUAUCUCUCUCCCUGAGUGCACAUGGAUUUUCAUCAUGUUAUCGUAUAUCAUAUUGGCUUGAUGUGCAAA